AUCGGGCAGUAAGUUCGCAAUGAAGCAGUGACAAAAUCCAGUCAUGAAUAAGGAGAGACGACAAAACUUUUUAAUUAAAACAAUUUGGCUGGGCAUACAGUCCGAAUCGUAUCGGUUAACGCGGCAUCGGUCAGUCUUUCGGAGGGUCGCGAUACGUUAACAUUCUCUCUACAUCUUGGAUUAAUAAUAAUAAUAAUAAUAAUAAUAUAUAAGAGCGAUAUUGAAUAAGGUAGCAGUGUUAUCAUUAUUGGCUGUUAGAUCUUUUCCUGCGAAAAUGGUGAUAGUUUAAACGCCACUAAGUCCAUCAAGCACUAUACUGUUAAAUAAAUUGGAUACUCAUUUAUAAACGUUAAGUGAAAAAUGGCAAAUGAAUCAGUGAAAUUAAAACCAUUAAGUCCCAGUAAUAAAUAUACGGAUGGCGAAACAGGAGGAAAUGGAAAUUCGCCAGGUUCAAACGAAGAUUACGAUCCCCAUCUCCACAGAGAGGUGGAAAAUCCCACCACUAAUGUUGAAACUCUCAUACACUUGCUCAAGGGUUGUUUAGGCACUGGAAUUUUGGCCAUGCCUGAAGCUUUUAAGAAUUCAGGGAUCUUCAACGGUUUAGUUUCUACCGUGAUUAUUGGUGUUCUCUGUACAUAUUGCCUACACGUUCUAGUUCAAGCUCAAUACGUAUUAUGCAAACGAUUGAAAGUUCCAAUACUCAGCUAUCCAGAAUCGAUGAAGUUAGCGCUAGAGUCAGGUCCGCUGUGCCUUAGGCCUUUUGCUAAAUACUCACCGCUAUUAGUGGAUUUUUUCUUGAUUGCAUACCAGCUAGGAAUAUGCUGUGUAUACAUAGUUUUUGUUGGAGUUAACAUUAAAGCUGUAGGUGAUCAACACACGAGUGAACCACUAAGACUAGAGUACUACAUAUUAGCUGCGUUCAUCCCAUUCGUUCUCAUAAACUGCGUACGUAAUCUGAAACUCUUAGCUCCUUUUUCAACUCUAGCGAAUAUUAUCACAUUUGCUUCCUUUGGUGUAGUGUGUUAUUAUGUUUUCCAAAACCUGCCGGAUAUUGAUGACAGACCAGCCUUUGGAAGAUUAUAUACGUAUCCACUCUUUUUUGGAACCACAUUGUUCGCUUUAGAAGCUGUUGGAGUGGUAAUUGCUUUAGAAAACAACAUGAAGACACCUAAAAGUUUUGGAGGUUAUUUUGGAGUACUGAAUGUUGGCAUGGCAUUUGUGGUUGUUCUUUACGUUGGAAUGGGAUUCAUUGGAUACUGGAAAUAUGGUGAAGCAGUGGAACCUAGCAUUACUUUAAAUUUUCCAGGAAAUGAAGCUUUGGCCCAAGCUAUAUUAAUAUUGUACUCAAUUGCAAUUUUCAUAUCGUAUGGGCUUCAAGGAUAUGUUCCUGUGGCAAUCGUAUGGAAUACAUAUAUGCUAAAGCGAUUAGAAGGAAGCAAUCGUCUUCUUCUAUGGGAAUAUAUUUUACGUCUAGUAUGCGUAAUCCUCACAUUCAUUUUAGCUUUAACAAUUCCCAUGCUUGGCCUCUUCAUUUCUCUGUUUGGAGCUUUCUGUCUGUCUGCGUUGGGUUUGGCUUUUCCAGCCAUCAUGGAAAUCUGCGUGAAUUGGCCGGAUAAUCUUGGACGAUUCCAGUGGAUUUUAAUCAAGGAUGUAUUGUUAAUCAUUUUCGGUGUUGUGGGACUCCUGGCUGGAAGUUACAGUUGCAUAAGCGAGAUGGUAAUCAAAUUUCAAGAAGGAGCAACGUAGAAGAACGAAACAUAAAUGUAGUUAAUUCUAAGUACAUUGUAACGUAAAGGAGUGUGAAAAUAUUAAUAUGUGAAAUUUGA